UUUAGGUAAGUGCAGGGUUGUGAAUGGAGGAAUGGAAUCCACAAGUGCUUAACGACCAUUUGGCUAAUUUCAGCUACAUCGGAGAAUAUGUACCCUGUGACAGCGACUGGACUGUAUACAAGAAGUUUGCUUCAGACACGGUAAAUUCUAUCAAAUAUCCACAUUUUCACCGCUGGUUGAAUCAUCUGAAGUUUCUGGAAGGCGAACCAAAACUCAAAUCUCUGUCUGAUACUUCUGGAACGUCAUUAUUGCAUGCUGUUUAUGAAACCGCAAAGUCAUGGUCGAGUGUCGAAAAAAUGGAUAAUUCUGGUUUACCCCAAAAUUUGCUGCAUUACCUUGAGAAACAUCAUCAAUUUGACACGUUCGAAUACGCUACAGCUGCUAGAGAAGAUCAUCAAAAAGUAGUGGGUGCUGUGAAAAGUUUAAAAGCAGUUGAAGGGUUAGUGGAAACGGAAGAACGAGUUUCAAAAACUUUCGAAUUGACAGCUGAAGGUAAUGAAAUGGUUGAAAAUGGUUCCCACGAAGCGAAGAUUUUUCUAUUUGUGGGGCCAAAUGGGAUUGAUCAAGCGGAAUUAAUGAAGCUACCAUUCGGUAAAGUGGGAAUAAGUAAAGCAUUAGCAUCCGGUUGGAUUGCAGUUGAUAAGACUGCUAGAACAGUGCGUCUAGUGCGAAAAGUAGAAACGAUCAACGAUAAGGUACAGAAUGAGCUCAAAAUGGUUUUGGAAGGGAAUAUGCAGAAAUUGGAUAUGAAAACCCUAAACGAGUUGAAGAAGAGGAAACUGAUGACGGAAAUUAACAUCAAAAGUUAUUUGGUCAAAAAAGGUACAGCAUUUUCGACAGUCUUAAGUAAACCCGAGGUCGAUCUCACGGCAGACAUGAUUAACAGUGGUUCAUGGAGGAAGAAGAUGUUUAAGAAGUAUAACUUUGACGCCUUAGGCAUGAUGCCGGCUGGUGGCCAUCUGCAUCCGCUUAUGAAAGUGAGAAAUGAAUUUCGGCAGAUUUUCUUUCAAAUGGGGUUUGUUGAAAUGCCUACUAACAGAUACGUGGAAUCUUCCUUCUGGAAUUUCGAUGCUCUGUUUCAACCACAGCAACAUCCAGCACGUGAUGCUCAUGACACCUUUUUUCUAUCAGAUCCAGAAAAAAGUUUCAGUUUCCCCGAAGAUUAUUUACAGCGAGUUAAAAAGGUUCAUGCUGAGGGUGGGUAUGGUUCCAGAGGUUAUAACUAUGAUUGGAAAUUAGAAGAAGCGCAAAGGAAUGUUCUACGAACACAUACAACUGCAAUUAGCGCUCAUCAAUUAUAUAAGCUUGCUAAAGAGGGAUUCAAAUCAACAAAAAUGUUCAGCAUUGACAGGGUUUUCCGAAAUGAAACUCUAGAUGCGACACAUUUGGCCGAAUUUCAUCAGGUCGAAGGUGUUGUUGCUGAAAGGAAUUUAACACUUGGUCACGUUAUGGGUCUUUUCACCGAAUUUUUCCGCAAAUGUGGCAUUACUAAUCUUCGCUUCAAACCUACCUACAAUCCUUAUACAGAACCAUCGAUGGAAAUAUUUGCUUUUCACGAAGGAUUGGGAAAAUGGGUAGAAAUAGGCAAUUCGGGCAUGUUCCGCCCUGAAAUGUUGUUACCUAUGGGAUUACCAGUUGAUGUGAACGUUGCUGGCUAUGGAUUGUCUCUAGAAAGGCCAACAAUGAUCCGCUAUGGGAUCGAUAAUAUAAGGGAUCUGUUUGGUCCAAAAGUUGAUUUACGAAUGAUUUAUGAGAAUCCGAUAUGUUGUCUUGACAAAAAUUGAAAUAAAUUAUUGUCUAUUUUACCGCAAGUAACAAUAAUUAGUAUUGGUUGUGUUUUUGAAACAGGUUGCGAGCAGUUAACUUUACUGAAUAACUUUCAAUCGAUCAUGUCCCAGACUUCGUUCCAGUGUUUCCCAAAUUAAUUUCGAAAGUCAAUAUUUUCAAAAAUUGCCAUCCACAUGAUUUCUGAAAUCAAGGAUUUAUAGCUUUAGGAAGUCACUGCUUUGAAGUUUAAUGUUGUUCCUUAGAAUGCUUUAAAAUCUCACUUUGAUGGAUUUUUUCAGUCUUUUUUAUGAAAUCUUAAUAUUGCGACUUUCUCAUCAUCCGAUGAUACCACGUAGCAAGUAUGAGGGUAAUCAUUUUGAACGGUUAAGCGAGACUUGGAAGGUCCAUCCUUUCUGGUGUUCGACUUUUCGAUGUCUAGAGAAAGAUUGUUAGUUAAGUUCCGAAGCUUUUUUGUAUGAUUGGUGGAGCAGCUUCCCAGGAAUUUCCUUUGCGUUUGCUACAAAAUAUUAAUAAAUGGUCUGACUUAUUUUCCGUUUUUU